CUGCUUCCUUGCAGAAUUUGACAUCUGGUACAACGAGUCUUUUGUCAUCCCUGAGGACAUGCAGGUGGCGCUGAAGCUGGGCGGCAGCAUCCGGCCAGGCAUGGUGCCCGCCAGCAGGGUCGUGUCUCUGGGAGAAGACGACCAAGACAAGUUCAGCCAGCUGCAGCAGACGGCACUGCCUGAUGGGCCUGAGUCCAUCUCCUUCUAUAAUGCCAAAGCCAGGACAGAUCAGAAGGCUAGGUUAAGGCCUAAGGAUCCUAUGAGGCCCCUGACGGUCAAGGAGGUCCUCUGCAAGAAAGCUGCUCAGCACAGGAGGCAGACAAAACAGGAACAGAUGCGGCCGAGGUGGAGCUAGACAUGGACUCAA